AGAGAACCAUGCCCGAUGACUCUGAGACAAACAUCAUGAUCAGAAGGGCUUUGAGUGAAAUUGAAUCCUGUAUGAUUGAGACCUCCGACAAGGACUCUCCCAGUCUACAUUCCACACCAGAGGUGGUUGUAGACCUGAUCACCAAGCUGCUUCAUGGGUAUGAGCUUGACUCAGAGGACUUUGCGUCACCUGUGUCAUCCCCAACCACCACUCUCUCUGAUGUGGCAAUGGACAUGGUGGUUUCUGUCCUUCGGGACAUGUCCGAUUCCCCAGACGUUACCUCAGCAUUGGAAAUGACCAAGGAUCUCAAGACGCCGUACUCCCGCCCCUCAAGUGCAAGGAUUGUAAGUGCCCUCUGCAGAGAGCUGGAGGAGCACAUGGGCUCUGAUGCUCUGAGGCGAGCUUUGAGCCACGGCAGCGGGGAGAUGACAACAGCCAUUGCGAGUGCAGUCACCAGGGAAGUCAACCGUCUGGGUUCAAUCGUACCCAAAGUCUCUGUCAGGCCGCUCUCCUCAGACAUCUGCCUUAGGACAGACCAGGACAAGGUCAUGGUUAAGAGCCGAUGUGGCUCGGCUGAGGUGAAGGCAUCCCAACCGGUGUAUAUUAUUGUUCAUGUAGAGGCGGUGAUGGAUAUCAUUGUCCGGCUGCGGUCUCUGAUUGUUCCUCGGACCCAGGAUAAACUGGCCAGCUGGACCCUAGUUGAGGAUGUGACCAACAAGCUGUCCAGUGCUCUGUGGGUGAGGGUGACUAACAGGUGGAGGGAAGCAAAUGUCUGCCUGAAGGCAACAGACAUCUUUCAGUUGGUGCUGUCUGUGCAUAGAAAGUUGAUGCAACGCUAUGGCACAGAGGAAGCCCUACAGAAGAUACUGUGCCACAAGGCACCCAAGCUGCACAAGGACAUUGUCUGUCUUGUCACGAACGGAAUUAUGGAUGCACCAUCCAAACUUCAAGGCACCAAAAAUCUGGAAUCUACACUCAACUUGAAAGAAUUGACAGCCUUGUUUAAUGAAAUGACAACCCGUCAAUCUUUGAAUAAGAAAGCUAAGCAGAGCAGCAUCAAGAUUGAGAUUGAACAGCCGGAGUGGUCCACUGUGGAACAAGUGACAUCCGGUUCCACCAGCUUCAUUAGGGAGCUUAUAUUAGAAGAAGUCCUGAUUAAGCUUGUCAAGAAGAUAUGCCGUAUGCCAAAAAGGACCAACAAGCGUCAGCGCAUCCAGAUCAGUGAUCUGGUGACUGAGCUGAUCCGAUUGUUCGACGAUGAGGUGGCCAAAUAUCUGAUUGAGGAAAUGGAAAGCCAGCAAAAAAGUUUCAAUUCUAAGAUGACAUCGAAGCUGGCAGAUGCCAUCUACACUGACCUUGGGAAGGUCAAGCGUUUGAAACGCUCCUUGAAAAUUGACGAUUUAUUUGAGGAUCAGGAGAUGCUUUCCAUUGUCUCUGUCAUUGUUUCCCACAAGCUACUGGCCAUCUUGAAACCCUCAGUUUCCAACCCAUAUGACCGUGAGACCUCAGACCUUGAAGACUCAUGCAGUAAUGAUUUGGAGGAUGCGGAAUCUGAGGGGGUGCAUUAUGCCACCGGCAGAAAGUCCAACAUGAGCAUAGUCCUUACAGACACUACAAACCAGCCAGAGAUGUACAUUGCUGUGGAUUCUCCACCUAUGAUUAAAUUAUCCAAGAUGAGGAAAGGCAUCCGGGACUUCUUCUGGGGAGUCCAGAAGGCCUGGAAACGCUUGGUCACCUGCAAGUCCUCUGGGUCCUCUGAUGGGUAGCCUGGAUGACGUGCAGCCCAUGUCAGUUGCUUUUGCCAGGCUACAUCUGAGGAGGACACCACAACUGGCCUCAAUACAACAUUUUUAUUUUUGUUGCUCAUUUCUGUUUUCAUUUUGAAUCCCCUAAUGCUGCUAUAUUUGAACCAGGCUGUCAGUGGACUAGCUUACCAUUAGUUUAUACUCCUUAAGGAAGAUCCACUAUAGGCUAGUCAACACCAAAAUUCCACCUGGGUCUUUUGAUCCCUUAUUAGCUCCCACUCCUGUAACUAGGAAUGUGAGCUUCUAAAUGUCAUUCAGACAUCUACAGCUUCUCCUGUGACUAGGAAGAUAAGCUAAGAAGCCCAACCAAUUGACUAGAUGUGCUGUACAUCUGAUGCCCUCUCCCUAUUGUAAUCAUUGAUCCACAUUCAUUGCAGCCUCUAAAUUUGAUGUAGAUAUUUAGCCUAAAUUAAAAAAUGACAAGGAGGGAAGGCCGACAGCAGCUUCUACUCUUACGAUUAGGAAAGUGGUGCUAAACUUUUUGGGCUUUGAGGAACUAUGCAUUUUAUUUUUCAAUCACUUACAUACUUUUUAAUGGUUGUUUUAAUAAAGCAUUUGUAUUGCAGA